AUGUCUCGAUCCCCCCGCAAGGCCGUUCCUGGUCUACCCGGUGUCCACGAUUACGCCUACUCCGACAUCCACAUGAACACUGCGAAAGGCCUUACUUACAGCGCCAACGACGUGCAUAUGGCUACCGCAAAAGGACUGACGAUUGGCCAGGAUAUUCGGAUGGAGACGGCGCGCGGCGGCACGACGAUGAAGCAGAACAACUUUCAACUCUGGGAGCGGGAGUUGCUGGAGAGCGCGGAGGUACGCCGCAAGUCGACGGUGGCACAACUCUACUUUCUCGACUACUACUUUCAAUUACUGGGCUAUAUCGGCUCGCGCAAGGAGCGCCGCACCAAGUUCGACGAGGACACCGCGGCGCGCGAUCUGACGCAGGCCGAGUACAACAAGGAGUUCAAGUCCUACUGCGGCCGCGAGCGCGUACUCCUGCGGCGGCGGCGCGCCAAGUUGCGCGUUGAUCAGUUCCACAUCAUCGCUCAGGUCGGGCAGGGAGGGUACGGCGAGGUCUUCCUGGCGCGCAAGAAGGAGACGGGCGAAGUCUGCGCGUUGAAGAAGAUGAAAAAGCGGACGUUAUUCAAAAUGGACGAGGUCCGCCAUGUUCUCGUCGAGCGCGACAUCUUGACGGCGACCAAGACCCCAUGGCUCGUCCGCCUUCUCUACGCCUUCCAGGACCCUCAACACGUCUACCUCGCGAUGGAGUACGUCCCCGGCGGCGACUUUCGCACGCUUCUCAACAACUCCGGCGUGCUCAAAGAGGAGCACGCACGCUUCUACAUCUGCGAGAUGUUUGCCGCCGUCAAUGAACUACACAAGCUAGGAUACAUUCAUCGCGACUUGAAACCAGAGAACUUCCUCGUUGAUGCAUCGGGACACGUCAAACUCACCGACUUCGGCCUGGCUACCGGCGCUCUUAAUCCGAAACGCAUCGAAUCGCUGAAAGUCAAGCUCGACAAGGUGAAGGACAACGAAGUCGUCCACCGCUCAACCAUCGAGCGCCGAUCCAUCUACCGUUCCAUCCGCAACACCGACCCGCGCUACGCCGACUCCAUCGUCGGUUCGCCAGACUACAUGGCGCCCGAAGUUCUGCGCGGAAAAGCCUACACCUACUCGGUGGACUACUGGUCGUUGGGCUGCAUCCUGUUCGAGUUUCUUGCCGGUUUCCCUCCCUUCAGCGGCAGCACGCCCGAGGAAACAUGGACGAAUUUAAAGAACUGGUCUAAGGUUCUGCGUCGUCCCGAGUACGAUAAACCCGAGGACCUGAUCUUCAAUCUGAGCGACGUCGCCUGGGACGCAGUGACGAGACUCAUCGCACACGCGAGUGUCCGCUACUCAAGCCUCGACGACCUCAAAUCCCAUCCCUUCUAUGACGGCGCCUACUGGAAAGACCUGCGUGCCAUGCCCGCGCCAUUCGUCCCCGCUCUCGACUCAGAGAUCGACACCGGCUACUACGAUGACUUCACCUCAGCCGAGGACAUGGCCAAGUACGCCGAAGUCAUCGAGAAGCAGCGCAACGUAGACAAGGUCAAGGAGAAGGACGAGCCGAUCGCGCGUGGCGUCUGGGUCGGUUUCACGUUCGGCAAGAACGGGCCCGGCGUCAAAGCGCUCGAUGCCAUGGGCGGCGACGACAGCGGCGCGCUCGCGACCAUAUUCUAG